GCAAGGGACUGUUAUAAUAGUAUUAAUCCCGAUAAUAGUCAGAAAGGGAAGAAAAAAAGAAAGAAAGAAGAAAGAAGUUUAAAGAGAAAGCAAACUUCUGUCAAACACAGAAAGUCUCAACCUUGUCUUCGCAAUGUAUCGAGAAACAACCCUGUUUGGCAAGACAACCACAUCACACUUUGGUCUGAUGGCUUCAGGGAGUGGGGACUUGUUUGGCAGGACACACAAAGGAACAACUAUCAAAUUUACCCCCAUUACUAGCACGGAUACUGUGAUGAAGUAUGGAGUACAUUUCAAUGUCAACACAAGACAUCAGGUCAUCACAGCUAUGAAAAUAUAUGAAAAUAAAAGUUUUGAGGAGUUACGUAUGGAAGACUAUACUGCCAAUCGUAAAGGACCGGGUAGUACAGGUCUACUAGGUCAAGGCAUGACCCAAGUGGACAGUAAGGCCAGUGGAUUGUUCGACAAAUCGAAAGCUUCCUCAGAAACUAGCUUUUGUCUGGAUAAAAUUGAAUUUCAGGCAAAAACACAAUCCUUUGAAGACAAACGUUCCCUUUUUGAUAAGUCUCCUGCAUCACUCUCUGGUCAGACGUCUACGACAAGGACACACAGGGGCUUGUGUGGUGCUCGCACAGGGAGAUUGUUUGCGUUUGGUAGUGGAAGCACUAUCAAAUCCAAGCGUGUUACCAGAAGGAGUGGCAGACAUACCAAAGUCCGUACAACACGCCAGGAGUAUGAAAACAAAGGUUUUGAGCUCUACCCACGCUCUUAA